AGCAAUUCGGAAACAAGUUUCCAAAUAUACACAAAGAAGAAUUCUAUUUCUGGUAAACCUCCUAAAAACAGAACAUAGACAAAGCAAAGAAUACGCAAAGGAAGGCGAGAGGGAGAGAGAAAGAUUAUCUUCUUCUACCAUUUCACAACGAAAGAGACCAAAAACCUCUCGUUUCAAAUGGCGGAAUUGCUGAGAAAAGUAAAAUCUAUGAAGAAGAAGGAUAAGAGCAACACACAAGCUCUAAUCCUGGGCAAAUACGAAAUGGGAAGACUUCUCGGCCACGGAACCUUCGCCAAGGUGUACCUUGCGCGCAACGCAACCACCGGAGAAAGCGUCGCGAUCAAAGUGAUCGACAAAGAGAAAGUCCUCAAAAGCGGUUUGAUCGCACACAUCAAACGCGAGAUCUCCAUCCUCCGCCGCGUCCGCCACCCGAACAUCGUCCAGCUCUUCGAGGUCAUGGCCACCAAGUCCAAGAUCUACUUCGUCAUGGAGUACGUCAGAGGCGGCGAGCUCUUCAACAAAGUCGCCAAAGGGAGGCUUAAAGAAGACAUCGCCCGUAAAUACUUCCAGCAGCUCAUCUCCGCCGUGUCCUUCUGCCACUUCCGCGGCGUUUACCACCGCGACCUCAAACCGGAGAAUCUCCUCCUGGACGAGCACGGGAACCUGAAGGUCUCAGACUUCGGUCUCAGCGCGGUCUCUGAUCAGAUACGACAAGACGGUCUCUUCCACACAUUCUGCGGGACCCCUGCUUACGUGGCACCGGAGGUUCUCGCGAGGAAAGGCUACGACGGAGCUAAGGUGGACAUCUGGUCGUGCGGAGUGAUCCUCUUUGUGUUGAUGGCGGGGUUCCUCCCUUUCCACGAUCGGAACGUUAUGGCUAUGUAUAAAAAGAUUUACAGAGGAGACUUCAGGUGCCCUAGAUGGUUCCCGGUUGAGAUUAACCGGUUAUUGAUUCGAAUGCUCGAGACUAAACCGGAGAGACGGUUUACAAUGCCGCAGAUUAUGGAGACUGGUUGGUUCAAAAAAGGGUUUAAACAUAUUAAGUUCUACGUUGAGGAUGAUCACAAGCUCUCUAGCGCUGACGAUGAUAUCGAGUCGGUCGAAUCGGUGUCCGAACGGUCUUCCACGGUGUCUGAGUCGGAGUUUGAGUCGGUUGACGCUAGGAGAAGAUCAAUGCCGUUGAUGCCUAGACCGGCUAGUUUGAAUGCUUUUGAUCUCAUUUCGUUUUCUCCCGGUUUUGAUCUUUCCGGUUUGUUUGAUGAUGAUGGUGAAGGGUCGAGGUUUGUGUCCGGGGCUCCGGUUAACCAGAUUAUAUCGAAGCUGGAGGAGAUUGCGAAGGUUGUGAGCUUUACCGUGAGGAAGAAGGAUUGUAGAAUGAGUCUUGAAGGUUCGAGAGAAGGGAGUGUGAAUGGUCCGUUGACUAUUGCUGCUGAGAUAUUUGAGUUGACUCCAGCUUUGGUUGUUGUUGAGAUGAAGAAGAAGGGUGGUGAUAAAGUGGAGUAUGAUGAGUUUUGUAAUAAGGAAGUGAAACCGAAGUUGCAGAAUUUGAGUGCGGAUAAUGGAGAAGCGGUUUCUGCGUCACGUUCUUUGCCAGCUUAUAUGCUUUCUGAUACUGAUUAGGAAGAUGAAAAUUGUUUUUUUCUGUUUUCUUUUUUCAACUGGAUUUUUGAAGCUGCUUAUUGGUUUAGGUUUUGGUUCGAGAUUGUGAUCUUCUUGUUCCUUGCUUGGUGUAAGAGACAUCAGACUUUAGAGCUAAAGAGAGUGGUGAGAUAUAUGAGUCUUGAUGUAUAAAGAUCGAAUAAAACAAGUUACUUUUUCGCGUAUUGAUCUUUUCGUAUUUUGGUGUGGGGUUGGAAUUGAUGCAUUUUCGAUGUAGAGAUUCAAAAUGUGUAAACACAUUUUACUCAAAAAGUGUUUUUAUGCAUUCCCAAAAAUAAAGUACGUAUUCAAAAGCCAUAGAGCGAACUUUUCUCGUAUCAAACGACCAAAAGAAUGAAUGUGAAAACUCAGCUAUGGUGGUUCCGUGAAUGUUCCAAGAGUUUCUAAGACUGCAUACCCAUGGUAGGUUUGUUGUCCGUGACUUGCCUUAUUUGAUUCCAAUCAGUCCCUAUCAAUCAAACAUGGACUUGAAGGACUUAAUCGUGAUAAAAUCUUAUUAGCGUGAUCAAAUUCAUUAUUUUGCGAUCAAAAUCUCCUUGGACCAAAAAAUAUAUCGUCUUGUGUUACUAUCCUUUAUUUUAUUUCUUUUAUGUCC